AGCCAAAGGCUUUUCGAUUUUUCGUGCGUUUUGAUAUUACGGCAAUGAUUUGAGGUCGAGUCGCCGGGCUCUGUCGGGGGUGGCAAGUGCUGCGAUUUUCUCCCGCGAUGUAUCGAAACAAACCCAUUGUCCCUGUAGAUUUACGUGGAGCAAAAGCAGAAGAAGAAGCGAUAUUCUUGCUUGAACAUGGAGGGGGAGCGGUUUUUGACCUUUUCUACAGGGAGAACAAAUAUAUGGGAAAGGCCACUUUUGCCGGGUUAACGGAAGGAGAAAAAGAAGGGUCUAGUCACGGCAAAACGGGUUCUUGUCCUCUUCAAGAUCACAUUAUCCACUUCGACUGAACCGACUUUUGGUGAGUGUUCUUCGUUCAUAUCUCCGUGUUUCCCUUUCUUUUUUUAUGGAUCAUCAUCGAGAUCCAUUUCCAAGAAACUUGGUUGGUUACAGUUGAAAGCAAAGGCAACUUCUAGACCCUCUCUUUCUUUGCUUGAUAUCGUGCGGAUUAUGCAAAAAAGGCAAGCUUCAUUUCUAAAAAGGAAAUUGCCGAGUCAGACUAUCCCACUCACCAGUAUACACGGGAUUCCUGGGACAUUGACCAUUAGUUCUUGGUUUGGUCUGUCAUCCAUCCUCUCUGCAGUUGAUCAUCCUUGAAAGGUUUCUCUCAUCUCCAUAACUUGAAAACUUCUUUUUGGCAAUUUGGGGGCUUCAUGGGGUUGAAGGUGGCUCCAAAUGGCUUGAACUCAUCACACCCUGUAACCCCCUGCUCAUUAUUUCAUUCACAGAAAAGGGUCCCAGUUUCUUCCUUGUUAGGGCUCAACAGUGGAAGAAAUCCUAAUGCGCCCUUUAGAUUAGUGCACGGAACAGCUCCUUCUGGCUUCCAUAAAUCAAGACAUGGCUGGCUCAGACGGGUUUGCUGCGGAAGUUCCGAGAUGUUUUCGGGCAGAGAAGUGUCUAAUCAGACUUCGGAAUUAGCCGUGGGAACCAAUGUGUCCAUGUGGGGAGAUGGGGAUUGCACUGAUACAAUGGACAUUGCUUGUGCAGUGCCAGAUGUUUCUGGGCAUUUUCCGAACAAGGAGGCGGAAGGUAGUGGAAAUAGGGGUUUUUCAAUGCGAUCGUCGUGCUUGAAGAUGGAUUUCCUGGAGCCGUUGCUGCUCGGUAUCUGGCCAAAGCCGCCGGAGUGGCCUGAGAGGAACAAAAUCAGUAGAAUUGGCAUCGAAAUGAGAGCGAAAAGCAUCGAAAUUCCCCUGUCUCUUAGGAUGAUAAAGAGAAAGAAGCAACAGGAUAUGAGGGCCAUCGAAGCAAGGGAAUAUGAAUGCUCUUCAGUCGAGAAGGCCUUCGCUUCAAUGGUGCUUAUUAUUACAGAGAUUCAGAGCUAUGCCAUGCACAUGAGGGAGAGUCUCUACAGAGAAGACUUGGGGGAGAUAGUUAAUAAGGUGCACAGAGAGAUAAAUUCAUCUUUUGUGUGGAUUUUCCAACAGGUGUUUUCGCAAGCCCCGAAUCUUAUGGUGUACGUGAUGAUACUCUCCGCUGAGUUCAGCGCUUAUUCUGUGGUUCACAACAUGUCGAAUAUGUCCUCUGGAGUAUGUCCGGAGACUUUGCUGCUGAUGGAGGAUAAAGGUCAAGGAAACUCGGACUUUAGUUCGACAAAUGGGACUAUUCGAGGAAAUGGUCAUCUGGAUAAAUCCUCUGCUGCAGAAGAAAAGCCUGGCAUUGUUCCUGGCGAGAAAUUGCGAGUUUCUCCAUCAGGGAACGAAACUUUGAACGUCGAGGAGGUGAAUCUGUGGAGCUCUAUAGUGGAUGAAGCAGCAAAGAUGGAGGCAUUAUUAAGGGGCGGCGAAAUUCUUGAUCUUGGAGGGAUGGGGAAGUUCCUUUCGCCAGUGUAUGUGGAAAUUGAAACCGAUACAUACGACGAAUAUUGGAGAACAGAUCUUCUGUACCAACUUUACUUGUCUCAGGAUCCUUACAAUCCCCUGCUGCUCUCUAAUUAUGCGCAUUUUCUCUGCCUCGUAUUCCAGGACUACCGCAGGGCGGAGGAGUGCUUUAAGCGCGCUGUGCAGGUUGAGCCCCCAGAUGCUGAAUUGUUGAGUCGGUACGCGGAUUUCUUGUGGACGGUGAAGAAAGACGCGUGGGAAGCAGAGGAGAGAUACCAGCAAGCAAUCGCGGCCGAACCGGAGAAUCCUUAUCAUGCAUCCAAGUACGCGAGCUUUCUCUGGAGUUCCGGAGGCGAUGAGACGUGUUACCCUCUUAACUACUCCUCGGGCGACAAGACUAGAUUAUCGGAAGCAGAUGAUGCAUUAUAAGGUAAUCAAUCUCCGAUUUCGGUUGCGAAAAUGUAGGCCUUGGCUCACGUUUCUUUUCGAUGGGUUAUUUUGGCUUCAAGAAUUUGAACAGGAUGGAUAAACCGUUCAGUCUAUGGUUAGGAUGUACAAAUUAAGUGAAGAGAGUGGAAAUGGCCGUCUUAAGAAAUCAACAGGCCAUUUCAUCUUCAUGUAAUCUUAAGUUAAUAAUGAAGGAUCUUUUGCA